AAGCUAUUGUUGCGAAUAGUUUACACGCGUCGCACAAAAGUCUUCCAAUUUAAUUGAGUGCGUAGUGAGUGUCUUUAGACCAACGCGCAAUGUACUUCAGUGAAUUCGAAAAAGAGUGCCUCGAAGCGCACAAUCAAUAUCGCGCCGUUCAUGGCAGUCCACCAUUGGUAUUGGAUCGAGGACUUUGCAAAUAUGCGCAGGAAUGGGCAAAACAUUUGGCCAGCAGCAACACUUUGCAACAUCGCUUGAAUAAUUGUUACGGGGAAAAUCUUUAUAUGGCAAUGGGACGCGCGAACAUCGGCGGUCGAGACGCUGUCAACAGUUGGUAUGCUGAGGUGCGCGCCUACAAUUUUCAACGUAAUGGCUUUAGCGGGAAUACGGGUCACUUUACACAGGUGGUAUGGAAAGACAGUAAACGCUUGGGUGUGGCUAUAGCGAAAAGCGGAAACAGUGUUUACGUGGUCGCCAAUUAUGAUCCACCAGGCAAUUAUAGGGGCGAAUUCGCUACCAACGUAUUACCGACGAGGCGAAUCGUCAUGGCUACAGUGAAGCGCACAAUUAUUGUUAAAAAGAUUCCACCGGGGGGAGAUCCGAAGAGACGACUGCCUGUACCCAUUACAAUGCCCCAAAAGGAUUACGAAAAAGCAUGUGUCGAAUCGCAUAAUAAAUUUAGGGCCAUGCACGGCACACCGGCGCUAACAAUCAACCCGACUCUGACGCAGAUUGCUUCCAAAUGGGCGCAGUCUCUCGCUAAGCGUCAAAAAAUGGAGCAUAGUCGCGACGGCAAGUACGGCGAGAACAUCUACUACAGCAGCGGCCAAAAGGUGACACCCGAAAUGCCCGUUAAAAUGUGGUAUGACGAGAUCGCCAAUUAUGACUUCGCCAAAGCGCAAUUCAGUGCAAAUACUGGCCAUUUCACACAGCUGAUAUGGCGUGACACUAAGCAAGUGGGUGUGGCCUAUGCAUUGUCUGGCGAAAAGGUAUGGGUUGUCGCAAAUUAUAAUCCACCAGGCAAUGUAAAUGGUUUCUUCAACGAUAAUGUGCCGCCAAAAAAGUGAGCAGCAAAAGAAGGGUGUCGAGCUUUGGCGAGUACUUCAGAGCAACAUCCACGGCAAUUUUUUUUUGAAAAGUCAAAUUUUUAAUGCAAGAAAGUGGCAGAUUUGAAAUCAAAAGCACAACUUAAUGACCGCAACAUCUGAGAUGUGUUCGACGCGUCAAAUAAAGCAAAGUGCAACUUUGGAAAGGUGAAAUGCAUGCUGAAAUAUGAAUUCCCGCUAGAAAAAUAAAAUAAAAAAAUACUUAUAGAUUAGGGUAAAAAAAUUAUUAUAUUUUCCCACCAAAUCGAACGGUACCUUCAGUUCACAUGGAUAACUCUAUGGGAAAGUAUGGAGGAGACUGUGGGAAGGAAAGGAAUUUGUAGCGACACACAUUUUGAAGCGAAACUUUUAAUUCUGCACAGGAAUUUAUGAUUCAAAAUUUUUUAUUACAUCGCGUUCGUUGUUAUCAGUUCAGUGCGCAUUUUUCAGAGACUCGAAAUUCUCGGCAUACAUAAGAAUUCAUCCACCGUAGCGGGCGGUUGAGCUAUGUGAGAAAAUGAGAGAUAUUUGGUUCAAACU